AUGCUGAGUUUAUUUGCAAUCGCAAAGAUCUGUUGCGAUUCUACAACCGAUAAUACUACAAUAACUGCCUACAGUGCCGAAAAUGUUGCUUUGCACCGCAUGAUAAACGACAAACUAAGUGAUGGCCUUAGGCGUGUGUAUAGCGACGAGGAUGAUGAAGCAUGUGUUGUUAAUACCAAAAUACAUAUAAAUGGCAGUUACAAUUGUUCUGGUGGGUAUUUUCGCGCACGAACUAACAAAAAUAUUGCCUGUGGCAGAAACCGUGUUGCGACUAACGGACUUGUAACCAGCAGGAUGAAUGCUCAACAUCAUAAGACAAACAAGCGAAAAGAGAAUCUGGUAAAAGAAAGUCGAACAAAUAAUAGAAGCCGUGCAAAUUGUAUGGCAACAAACACUUCUUCGUAUCACGCUGUGCAUCCGCACUCAUGUAAUUCUCUUGGACAACCACCUAUAAAUAGAUUUUUAGAUGCAUUUCAUGAAAUGACAAUCCUUAGAAUGCCCAUAGUCCUGUAUUUUAUAAUCCAUGCACCGCCUUUUCUGCUAUUAUUCCUAAUUUAUCUGCUUACGCGGUCAGGCAAAAACUUUGAUGAUUACAUUGUCGUCCGUAGUUUUGGCAAAAUAGUAAAAAAUUUCUCUAUAGAUGAAUCAUGUACGAUUUGUCUAUCAAUUUUUGAGCGAUGUGAAAUAAUUGAACUAAGGUGUGGGCACUUCUAUCAUCGAACAUGUGUUGAGAAGUGGUUGAGAGGAAAUGGCAUUUGUCCGUUGUGUAGAACCGUUAUGUUUUAAGUAUACCAUUACAAAGACAAUUGAUCUAUCGAUG